AUGGGCUCCGGCUCAUCCCCACCUCUUGGCCCAAAGCCCUUUUCCGCUCUCCCAACUCAUCUUCUGAAUGGCAGCUCGCCUCUACAUUCUUCAGCUGCGACGAGCAACAGUGCUCGUGAGCGCGAAAGCUUGAAUUCGUCUAUCCGCUCGUCGUUCCGCGGAGCCGUCAGUUAUGAGUCUGCCGACGCGAACGCCGAAAAUGAGCCCAUUGAGGCUGAUAAACUUGGACCUGUGAGUCCGCCCUCUCUUGUCAGUCGACCGGCCAGUCCGUAUACGCUGGUACCGCCAAUUGAUUUUGAUGGUUUGAGCUGGCCUUGCCCCGGUACCAAAGAACGACUAGAGGAAACUCCUGAACAAAACGCAGAGCGAGUGCAGAAACUAGCAGGAGCUGUAAAGACUAUUCUAGAGUGUGUGGGCGAGGACCCCGAACGAGAAGGUCUUCUCGGGACCCCAGAGCGCUAUGCCAAGGCAAUGCUGUGGUUCACAAAGGGUUACAUGGAGAACGUUCGAGACUUGGUCAACAACGCCACAUUUAUGGAGGACCAUGACGAACUGGUCAUUGUGAAGGACAUUGAGGUUUUCUCGCUGUGCGAACAUCACAUGGUUCCGUUUACAGGAAAAAUUCAUAUCGGUUACAUCCCCGAUCGCCGAGUGCUCGGUCUCUCGAAAUUAGCCCGUCUAGCCGAAAUGUUUUCACGCCGCUUGCAAGUACAAGAACGUCUCACGAAACAAAUCGCCUUGGCCAUCAAGGAGGUGCUGAAUCCCCGAGGUGUCGGAGUGGUCAUGGAAUCUUCGCAUCUCUGCAUGGUGAUGCGCGGAGUCCAGAAGACCACCAGCACAACCACAACAAGCUGUAUGCUAGGCUGCAUGCGAACCAGUGCCAAAACCCGCGAGGAGUUCUUGACACUUCUCAACCGCAGAUAA